AGGAAAUUGUGCUUCCUCUAAGAAUCUUUCAGUUUUCCUUAUUUUUGACAGCAGGGCUAUUUAACAUCCUAUAUAUCCCUUUUUGCUUUGACUGCCUGGAAACUCGGGACACAUUCUGCUAAAAUCUGUUUAGGCCUUUCCGGCCUGCAUAUUUGCAUUGUAUUCUUUAUCCCUCCACCUCAUUUUGACUUUCUAAUCUAAUUAUUUUCCUCCUUGUUCUCAUAUAAAUUUUUUUUCUACUUAUGUGUUUGUUGUAAGAUGCCUCAUCUUUUAUAACCCAAGAUUGCAUAUCAGUAAGUAAAAUAGAAUCAGUGUUCCUUUUAGUAAAUCCUGCUAGUUUAAUACAUGUGUACACAAAUAUGCAGCAGUAGUUAUCAACUUACAGUUAGGUUAUUUUCCAGUUUUUUUUUUGCUAAGAUUAGCUUUUAAUCUGAAAUGUUCUCUGCUAGAAACCAAUAGGGUAUUGUACCAGAACGUAAGCUUAUUUAAAAUAAAGUAUAGCUAUGAAACUUUAAACAGUGAUCCCCAUUUAGAACUUAAAUUUUGAAAGAAAAUAGGUUGAGUUCCAAUGGAAGAAGUUAAUAAUACACCCAUGGCAUGAAUACCCCACCAUUCCCACCCAUUUCCUGGAUCUUUCCGCAGAUCUGCUCAGCUUCCUUUUUUCCACUGCUGCAAUCAGCAACGCUAGUGACAAUUGCUGUCCUGCAAUGUGUUGUGAGUGUGGGCUUCUGACCCUCCUAAGGGGCUCAGGGUCCAAAGAGGUGAUCAAAACUUGGCAAGGCUUAUGUUCAGCCAUGGUGACGGGUCCUGUGAGCAUUCAUGAUGACACUGUGUAAAGUGCCUGGGACUUUGGGCGGAUGGCAGCAGGUGUGAAUGAGGGAUUUCCAAGUAGGAGAACACCUGGGAAAAAAAGGGUUGUCUUCUUUGUCUUGAUUUUGCGAUCAGAUGCUUUGUCUCCGGAGAGGAUCACUUCUGUAGACUUAACAACAUGAGUUUAAUCUGCUAAAUUAGAGAGACCAGCAAGAAAAGAAGAGCCUAUACCUGGACUUUGAGGCAUACGUUAUUUUGCUAGGAGGAUUAAAAAAAAAAGUUCCCUUUUAACCACAGAACCCCUCCAUUGGAAAGGAUUCUGAAAGAAAUGAAGAAAACCACCAGAAAUGAAAUCAGUAGCAUCAUGGCCUUCUGUUGACUGGACUAGACUUUUCUUCCUGCCAUUCCUUGGAAUGACACUGUACAGGAUGUCUGCUGAGGUCAUCCAUCAGGUAGAAGAAGCACUUGGUGAGGAUGAGAAGGAUGCACUGCUUUUUUUGUGCCGAGAUGUUGCUGCAGAUGUGGUUCCACUGAAUGUCAGGGAUCUUCUGGAUGUUUUAAGAGAGAGAGGAAAGCUGUCUUCUGUGAGCUUGGCUGAGCUGCUCUACAGAGUGAGGCGGUUUGACUUGCUCAAGAAGGUCUUGAAUAUGGAUGCCCCGACAGUGGAGGCCCUCCUGCGCAGGCACCCACGUCUGAUUUCAGACUAUAGGGUGCUGAUAAUGGAGAUUGAUGAGGAUUUGGAAAAGUCUGACGUGUCCUCGUUAAUGUUCCUCAUGAGAGAUUAUAUGGGCCGAAGCAAGAUGGCCAAGGAUAAGAGUUUCUUGGAUCUUGUGGUUGAAUUGGAGAAGCUAAAUCUGGUUGCUCCAGAUCAACUGGAUUUGUUAGAAGAAUGCCUGAGGAACAUCAACAGGAUAGACCUGAAGACAAAAAUCCAGAAAUACAGGCAGUCAGCUCAAGGACCGGACAAAAAUUACGUAAAUGCUCUCCAGGCAUCUCUGCCAAACUUGAGUAUUAAAGAUCCUUCAUAUACCCUAAGGAUCCAGAAUGGCAGGAGUAAAGACCAAAGGCUUAUGAUGGGACCACCUGACAUUCAAAGAGAACCAGUGAAGAGAUCCAUUCAGGAAUCAGGAGCAUUUUUGCCUCAGCACAUAGUGGAAGAGAGGUAUAAGAUGCAGAGCAAGCCCCUGGGAAUCUGCCUGAUAAUUGACUGCAUCGGCAAUGACACAGACAGUCUUCGGGACACUUUCACUUCCCUGGGCUAUGAAGUCAAGCAUUUCUUAUAUCUCACUAUGAAAGAUAUAACUGACAUUCUGUGCCAAGUUGCCCGGAUGCCCCAGCACCAUGACUCUGACAGCUUCGUGUGUAUCCUGGUGAGCCGAGGGGGCUCCCAGAGCGUGUUUGGUGUGGAUCAGACUCACUCUGGGGUCCCUUUGGAUCAUAUCAGAAGGAUGUUCAUGGCAGACAGGUGCCCCUCUCUCUCAGGGAAGCCAAAGCUCUUUUUUAUUCAGAGCUAUGUGAAAUCAGAGGGGCAGCUGGAGGGCAGCAGCUUCCUGGAGGUGGAUGGGCCGUCAGUGAAAAGUGCAGAGUCCAAGGCCGGGAAGCCUGGGGCCUACCGAGAUUUGAUUCACCGAGAAGCUGACUUCUUCUGGAGCCUGUGCAGAGCAGAUGUGUCCCUGCUGGAGGGGCCCUCCAGCUCACCCUCACUGUACCUGCAGUGCCUCUCCCAGAAACUGUGGCAAGAAAGAAAGCACUCACUCCUGGAGCUCCACACUGAACUCAACAGCCUGGUGUAUGAUUGGAACAUCAAAGUGUCUGCUAAGGAGCGGUACUACGUCUGGCUGCAGCACACUUUGAGAAAGGAGCUCUUCCUCUCUCACAAAUAAAAAG